AAAAAACCCUGCAGCAGCAGUAACCAGAUCCCAGAUGAGUAUGUCGUGUAAAUCGUGGACUUACCCGGAGACCCAGGCACUGUUGGAUAUCUGGCAGCAGGAGCAUAUACAGACCCAGCUCACUCUCAUGGCAAGGAACAGGCCUGUAUGGGAACAAGUUGCUGAGAUCAUGAAGUAUCGUAAAGGAUUCAACCGAACCGGAGAACAAUGCAAGACCCGUAUCCACACGCUCAAAAUCCGCUACAACAGAGCCAAGAAGUUUGGCUUAUCGGGACCUGAAGCUGAGAAGGAGUGCCCUUUUUACAGACAAUUAGACGCUGUGUUGGGUAAGAACUGGAUUAAGAAACAAGAACUAGAUCACAACUCUCCUCCCUCAUCUACCUCCAACUACACCAACUCCCCGAUCACUUCCCUCUACCCUCUUACUUUCGCUAACGAUAUCGAUAGGCUCAGUCACUCCGGAAUGAUACAGAUCUUACCAAAACCCAUUCCCAAAUACGUAGACACCGCAUUUUCUAAGGUGGGAGGACCUGGGCUGAAGUUACCUUCAGAGAAGCUAGAAGACAUGAUGGGUGAGCACAACAUGUUGAUAAAGAGGAUGUUGUCGAGUCUUACCGGUAAAGUUGCCGACCAACAACAGUUCCUGAAAGAGUCAGAUCAAGCUGGAUUCGAGGAACUCAUCAAGUCUCUCAUAACUUCUCCUUCCACUACCGGACCGGCACAACCCCCGAGAAGCAUCAAAGCAGAUCUCAGUAACCCUACCUCACCCCUCACUCCGUCCACCACUGAACCGGACGAAGCAACUAGUCACGUGACCACACCCACUAGUCAAGUGACCACGCCCACUUUUAGUGAGGAGUUACCUGCGAGCAAGAGACGAAAAGUAGCAGUCAGUGAAUCAGACGAGAAGCUGGUGAUGCUUGGAAGUAUCGCUCAAAUAAUUAACAAUGUAUCGGAACUGAACAAGAACAUUAAAAUGUCUCAGGGUCAGGAGGAUCUGAAGAUGAGGUGGUGGAUGGAGAUGCAGGAGAAGAGAUUCGACCUAGAAAAGGAGCACUUCAAAACCAUGGAGGGACUCUUUUCUAAUCUUAUCAGUUACUUUACAAACGCGGAUGUAAAAUCGGUUUCUGAUUCUCUCUGCUCUGAACCAACCGCUCAAGAAUAGAUGAAUUAUUCUGAGAAACAAUAUUCAAGAAUAUUCCCUGAAAAAUUCGAUGCUCAAGAUCCGUUCUUACUCUGAUAUGUCGCAGUUGAUUUCUCUUUGAUUCCGAAUUAAUUGAACAUUCUGUUACAGAGUGAGAGAAAGUAAAAGAACAAUUCGUGAUUGAAUUAAUUUUCAAGAAAAUAACAGUAGUGCACUAGCAUGAAAAUGUGUCCUGGCCUGUAAAUAGAGUUUUUUAUAUAUUCAUCUAAAUUAUAUAGGUCAGAACAAUUUGUUAUUAAUAAUAAACUAGUAAAAGAUGAAGGUGAGUAUUGCGAUGAAUGCUAUUUAAAGAUAACAGCUCUGAAUGACUUUAAAUCUGUAUCAUAAUUAACAUUAUGAGUAUAAUUAUUGUUGAUGCUGAUCCAUGUUUAAUGAUUGUUCUCAGAAUACAGAAGAUUGAUAUGAUAUGAUUUACGAGUUCUACACUUGUAAAGUGUGUAAGCGCAAUAAAAGUAAACGUGCCAGAUUAAGAGUUAGAAUUUAGAUCACACUAAAGUGUAAGAUAAAGUUUUUGCUACUCAAAAUUUAGUACAAUGUUUUCUGCGGUACAGUUGCUGCAGAUGAUCAGUGAAACAUGAUCAGCUCAUCAGCUUACCAAAUAGGAAAUUGGCAAAUUGCGAAAUACUACUAAUGGUUCAAUUACGAAUGCGAUAUAGUUUUAUUUUUAAAUUUCUUUGAUCCAACAAAAGACACAUGAUUUUACAAUAUUCCAAGUAUUUAUAUUGUCGAUGA